GAAAAUUGCCUGUGAGUCAGCGCGAACUGCAAAUGUGAGCGGGAUAUAGAAACAUAAACAGCAGUACAGAAGGAAAAGGAUAUGCCGACCAUCGAGCUCAAUGGCAUCACCGUGGACUUUCCAUUUACUCCAUAUCAAUGCCAAGAAGAUUAUAUGUCCAAAGUGAUUACGUGUCUACAGAAUAAAGUAAAUGGGGUGCUUGAGAGCCCCACAGGCACGGGGAAGACCCUGUGUCUGCUGUGUUCCACGCUGGCCUGGAGAGAUCAUUUUAAAGACACCAUUUCUGCAAGGAAGAUAUCCGAAAUGGGCGGGGCGGAGCUCUUUCCUGACAGACCGAUGUCAUCAUGGGGCAACUCUGCCACAGACGGAGAAACAUCAGCGUAUUACACAGAUAUCCCGAAGAUAAUAUAUGCCUCCAGGACACAUUCACAACUUUCUCAUGUCAUUAAUGAGUUAAAGAACACCUCUUACAGGCCUAAGAUGUGUGUGCUGGGAUCAAGAGAGCAGCUUUGUAUCAACCCUGAGGUGAAGAAACAGACGAGUAACCACAUGAAGAUCCACUUGUGCAGAGCGAAGUUGGCGUCUCACUCCUGCCAAUACUAUAACAAUAUUGACGAAAAAAGCACAGAGAAAGACCUUGUGAACACAAUUUUGGACGUGGAAGAUUUAGUGAAAAAUGGCAACAAGCACAGAGUUUGCCCAUACUAUUUGUCUCGGUCAAUGAAGCAGCAAGCAGACAUUAUCUUCAUGCCCUAUAACUAUCUGCUAGAUCUAAAGAGUCGAAGAGUGCACAACAUAGAGCUAAAUGGAGCUGUCAUCAUUUUUGAUGAAGCCCACAAUGUGGAGAAGAUGUGCGAGGACUCUGCCUCGUUCGACCUGACGCCUUAUGACAUCGCAACUGCGAUCGAAGCUGUGAACCAAGUGCUUUCAGAGCGGGCCAAGAGGGUUGGGCCGAGUGAUGAAGAGUUUCACAUGGAAGCGGCUGUCUCAGGACUGAAAAUGGAUGUCGUUGAUAUAGCUAAAAUCAAAAUGAUUCUUCUGGAUCUUGAAGCUGCCAUUGACUCAAUUGAUCUACCUGCAAAUGGCAAAGGAGUAACUAAACCAGGAAGCUUUAUAUUUGAGCUUUUCAAAAAGGCGCAUCUGACAUUUGAAACAAAAUCUGGUGUUUUGGAAGCUGUGGAGACGAUAAUUGGGUAUCUGUCUGCUUUUUGUUUUGUUUUUUGUUUUUUUUGUUUUUUUUUUGUAGAUAAUGGCAUUUUUAUAAACACAUUGGGAUUACAAAAGCUCUCAGAUGUUAUUGAGAUUGUGUUCAGCAGUUACCCAACAGAUGGCAGUAUUGUUGCACUGGAGCAGAACAUUGGACAGCAUUAUAAGGUACAUAUCCAACCAGAUAAUAGCAAUCAGAAAAGGAAACAGAAUACUGAUAUAUGGUCGGCAUCUGCUACAAAAAAGAAAGGGAAAAUAUUGAGUUACUGGUGCUUCUCUCCUGGAUUUAGCAUGAAUGAGCUGGUACGCCGAGGAGUACGAUCCAUCAUCCUGACAAGCGGAACCCUCUCCCCACUCUCCUCUUUCACAUCCGAAAUGCAGAUUGAGUUUCCUGUUACCCUGGAAAACCCCCAUGUGAUUGAUAAACAUCAGAUCUUUGUAGGAAUUGUCCCUAAAGGGCCAGAUGGGAUCCAGCUGAGUUCAGCGUAUGACAAAAGAUUUACACCUGAUUACAUGGCAUCUCUGGGGAAGACUGUCACUAAUGUUGGGCGUGUGGUACCACAUGGGUUAUUGGUUUUCUUUUCUUCCUACCCUGUCAUGGAUAAAACUAUUGAAUACUGGAAGGAUAAUGGGCAUGGUAGCACAAUAGAAGGCGUGAAGCCCAUGUUUGUGGAACCAAGAAAUAAAGGAGAGUUCACAGAGGUUAUGGACAGUUAUUAUGCAAAGGUCAGUGAUCCAAAAGCAAGUGGAGCAAGCUUCUUUGCAGUAUGCAGAGGAAAGGCUAGUGAAGGGCUGGAUUUCUCAGACACAAAUGGCAGGGCGGUCAUCAUCACAGGUCUACCUUUUCCCCCUAGAAUGGACCCCAAAAUUAUUUUAAAGAUGCAGUUUCUGGAUGAAAUGCGAAGGAAAGCAACUGGUGGAGUAAAGUUUUUAUCAGGGCAGGAAUGGUACAGACAACAGGCCUCUCGAGCUGUGAAUCAGGCCAUAGGCAGAGUCAUCAGGCAUCGACACGAUUUUGGAGCAAUAUUUCUCUGUGAUCACAGGUUUAUGAAUACCGAUGCUAGAGCACAGCUGCCAUCAUGGGUUCGUCCCUUUGUAAAAGUGUAUGACAACUUUGGUCAUAUAAUUCGUGAUGUGUCCCAGUUUUUCAGAGUUGCUCAGAAAAUUAUGCCACCCCCCAAGAGCAAGUUUUCAGCCUACUGUGAUGCAGUUUGUUCAGCUGAAGAUUCAUCCAGUGGCUGCUUGUCAUCAGGUGGAUCAUUCUCACCUGGUGGGAACUCUUUUGUGAGGAAAGACAAGAUGCUGGAUUCCCACGUGCCAAGUUUUAAAAAGAGACGGCUAGAUACUGGUUUGCAUUCCGACGGGGAUGUUCUUUGUAUCGAGUAUGAAACUGAUAUGGAUUCGGUGCGAAGGAAGCCAGUGGGUCUGCUGGAUGCUCUGGAGCACAAUGAUAAGCCAGGGCAAGAGGCGGAAAAACUUGUAGGGGAAGAAAAGGCUGGUCGUCUAUCAACUUUGUCUCUGCAACAUGACAAGCGCUUGGAGGAUGAGCAGCGGGGGUUCAGAAAGAAAAUUAAACUGGUCCAUGAUUGGAAGAAUGAAGUGCCAGCCUCUGAGCAGACCAAAGCAGAAAAGGCAAAGCUUUUCAUGGCUGCAGUAAGGAAGUCGCUGAGCCAGACAAAUUCUGAUCAGUUCACACAGGCAAUGCAGAAAUACAAGAAAACUGAUGACUUUGAAGCCAUGGUGGCUGAUCUGGCUGCUCUCUUCACUGGAGAUCCUAAUAAGCAUUACUUAUUAAGAGAUUUUUAUCAGUUUGUUCGGCCGCAUCACAAAAAGCAGUUUCAUGAGGCCUGUUGUGAACUGACUGGGGAGGGAUGUGGCUAUAAAUCUGAACACUCUUUGUCCAAGGAGGAGAAGGAGAAAUUAAUGGAAACAGCAGUACUGGCAGAAAAAAAAACAAAGAUGGAGAUACCUACUGCCUCUGCGAAUUCUUUCAUUUCUUCAGCAAGUUCAUCCUCACAGUUAAACACAAGUCAGCAACUAAACAAGGGAGGCUCCCACCUCAACACUGAAAAGUUAACCAAAGUGGAAUCCCACUUGCCAGUUCAGUUGGUUUCCAAGGAGAUGAAUAUGUCUGCACCACAGAAGCUAUGUCUUGAAGUGUACCUUGAGGAUGUGAAAAGGGCUUUGGGGCCCACCAAGUACAAACAGUUCUACGUGGCAAUACAGGCAUAUAAAAGGACAGAUAAUUAUGACAACAUGGUUUCUGAAACUGUAGCCCUUUUCACAGAAAAAACAGAGGACUUUGAGUUACUAAGAAGGUUUUCCAUGUUUGUUCGUCCUUACCACAAGCAACAGUUUAUUCAGAUGUCUAAAGAGUUGACAGGAACAGCGGAGGAGACUCGACAGGAUCAAAAGGAAGAAAAACCAUCUUGCCAAGAUGACAGCAGCGCACACUCUGAAACAAGCCGUGAUCAGUCAGUAGUUUCAAAGACAGGCGAAGCUGUCAAAGCACAAAGCAACAUCACGUCGUUCUUUAUGAAAGGUGACAACACUAAAUGAGGAUCUGAAAACACGCUUGCACAGACUGGAACAAACAGCAUCCAAGCACAGAUCAGGAAUUGUGUCAUCUCCCUAGUUCUGAACUGGAGAACAAUUACACUUGAAAAUAACCGUGUUGGAUAGCUGCUGUAAUAGUUCCUCAGAAAUGCAGCACAGUAACAAAUAUAAUUUGUAUAAUGUUUAGCUGUGACACUUUCAGUCCCAUACAACACCACUCAUGAGCACCAUGACUUAUACACUUUUGCCAUUGUUUUGAAGUAAUAUACAUCUGCAUAUGCUAUUGGAUGGUGCCUUAAAAAGUGUUUUACAUGGUUCCCAAUCUACUGUAUGUCAGUAUUUUAGCCAAUCGGCUGUCCUCUUCCUCGUCAACAGUACCUAUACCCCCUCAUCAACAGUACCUAUAACCUACUAUCACAGUGUGGGGAACAACCAAUGCCUGCACAAAUUUGAAUUCCAUUUGAAUGAGUGACUCCUAAGGUAUCAGAAAUUAGACCUGCAGACAGAAGGUAUGCAUGUGAUCAAGAACUUGAAGGGCCCAUAACUAGUUUCAUCCCAAUUGAUUGAGUAGUUCACAUGCUCUAGACCAGGGGUGGCCAACCCUGUCCUGAAGAGCCGCAGGGUCUUCUGGUUUUGAUUCCACCUGCGUUCUCAAUUACUUCAUUGAACCAGUUAUUUUUUUUAUCUGUCAUCACUUUUUCUCUAGGUCUUUAGCCGUGGAUGAUUUAAAUGCAGGAGUGUCCAACCCUGGUCCCGGAGGGCCGGUGUCCCGCCUGGUUUUUAUUCCAACUGUGUCCUAA